AUCACGGAAGAGGGAACGGCUUCCUGACGGCUACCCAGCUAAUACUGAUAACUACCCGUCUCAUCACCCGUUCAAUCAGGUUCACCGGUUAGAGAGAACCCGGACUGAAGCAUCAAGAUGACAGCGGCACCGUAUAACUACUCCUACAUCUUCAAGUACAUCAUCAUUGGUGAUAUGGGAGUAGGGAAGUCUUGUCUGCUGCACCAGUUCACAGAGAAGAAGUUCAUGGCGGACUGCCCUCACACCAUCGGGGUGGAGUUCGGGACCAGGAUCAUGGAGGUCCACAGUCAGAAGGUGAAGCUGCAGAUCUGGGACACGGCCGGUCAGGAGCGCUUCAGGGCCGUCACCAGGUCCUAUUACAGGGGGGCCGCCGGGGCCCUCAUGGUGUAUGACAUCACCAGGAGAAGUACUUAUAACCACCUGAGCAGCUGGUUAACAGAUGCAAGAAACCUGACUAACCCAAACACAGUGAUCAUCCUGAUCGGGAACAAGGCCGACCUGGAGGCCCAGAGAGACGUCACCUAUGAGGAGGCCAAGCAGUUCGCUGAGGAGAACGGGCUGCUGUUCCUGGAGGCCAGCGCCAAAACAGGGGAGAACGUGGAGGAGGCCUUCCUGGAGGCGGCCAAGAGGAUCUACCAGAACAUCCAAGAUGGCAGCCUGGACCUGAACGCCGCCGAAUCCGGAGUCCAGCACAAGCCGUCCGCGCCGCAGGGCGGCCGCCUGAACACCGACAGCCAGCCGGCCAAGGAGGGCUGCAGCUGCUAGCUGGGACCCGGACCAGAGACCCCCACGAGUCCACUAUGCAGAGUGCGUCAGACUGGCUUCAUUUACCAGUCCAGACCUCAGUACCCAGAACCAAACCAUUAAAUCAGGACACCCUCCAACCAGCUCUACUACCAAGACCUCUUCGGACCGGUCUCUUGGAUCCAAAGCUGGGUCUCGUUCCAGCUCACUCAGCCCAUCACCAGAUAAACCCCCUACCCCCCCCCCCCCCCCCCCAAGACUGGAUCGCCCGCCGGACCUUCCGAGUCUGGAGCCCUGUUGGCCCAACCCGAGUGAGACCCGGUUCCCCUUCUGAAACCCAGCAGAGAAACACUAAUCUAGACUCCCACUUCACCAAAAGGGGGUCGCCUUAGUUCUUAGUUCUGGAUCAGAGUCCUGGUCCAUGUCGAGACUCUCUUCCCACAUCCAUGGGCGAUUGACCUGAAGGUCUUCUCUAGGCCUGUCACUAGACCACCAUCCUCCUGGACGCACACCACCGGCUCUUCCGAGUCUGGACCCUGUCCACCGAAGUCCAAACACCUGGUCCCAGUAUCCCAGUAAAGAUAUGAGUCCCCCAUCAACUAGAUCUGAUCCCCCAAGUUCCAACUCUGGACCUUCUGACUGUCCCAGGUUUUAAUAGAGACCCCCACCCCCCGAGACUGGACCCGACUCAAGCGAAAGUGGUUCAACUACCUUCAAAUCAAAUCUGGACUUCACUUCACCUCCAAUGUGGAUCAGCCAGACCAGAUCCAGUACCACCUCCAGUCCAGAUCUUAACAUGUAGAUCAAAUCUAAAACACAUCAGUCCAAACCUCCACUGUUUGAGGUCUGGCUUCAUAGUGGUCCUCGGGUCUUUAAAUCUCUGUGGGGGAACCGGAGGCCCUACAGAACUUCCCUCCCGUUUCGUUUACGAAGUGGACCAGAAGACGAUCCACGUGGAUCGUAGGUCGUUUUAUUUGUUCCGGGUUCUUGUAGCUAGUUCCCUCUCAGACCUCGGCUGACCCUUUGAGGGUCUCCCUGAAGCCCAAACCCCUCUGUGACCAUAACAUGUGGUUUAGGGUUUGGAAGUGAUUCACCAGGCGGGUCCCUCUCCAGACACGGAACCUUGUGGGGUCGGUUCUUGGGUCAGUUCUCUUCUCGAGGGUUUUGGUUCUUACCCUAAACCAGGUUCUCAGUCCGGGUAUCCCUGCUGGUCUCUUGGUGGUUCCCGUACUCGUUGUUCUCUGUUGAAACCUCCUCUGGUGGUCCAGGCGGACUCGUUUGGGAGGAACACCAGAGCCGGAUCCUCAUAUACGCCUCACAGGGUCUUCAUGGGUCCAACAUGCAGGUCUCGAUCCCAAACUCGUUUAAAAUUGCCCCGAAUCCAACAAACAAAUUACAAAACCAACUCUCUCUGAAAUGUCCCUCAUGACCCCCAAGACCCUCAAUAUUCUGAGGACCAGGACUUGGGUCUUGGAUCCCGUCUCCAUUACUAAGACCCGCGUGACACCUUAAAGACCUUAAUGAAGACCACAUCCUCCUUCCACCAUAAAAUAUAUAACUUGAUUAUUAAUCUGAAGCGAUGAAGGUGAUGAAAAGCAGAACCAGAACUGGUCUUGAGUUGUGUGUGUGUGUGUGUUCGUUCUUCAAAGACCAAACUGUUAGUCGCUAGUGAAACGGUUCUUGGUGUCCCACAAGGACCAGAUGUCUCCAGCAGGCGUCUGAUAUCAUUAAUAACUGAUUUAACUCGAGCACCUUAAAUACAUUACACACAUUUCAUCUUUAUGUAUUUUAUCCCACUUUAUAUUUUUGUUUUCCUACUUUUUUGUGAUAAAAAUGGUAAAUUUUGAGAGUAAAAUAAGAUGCGUGAUGAAAAUAAUUAAAUGGAAUUGAAACCAGCGCAUUCAAAGUUUUGUUUAUCGGCUCGAAUAAUACAAUUUCAGAAUAUGAAGUCAGAGUUCAGAGACUUACUGGCUCUUGAUUUAUAUCAUAUUUAAAUCUUGAUCACAGGGAAUUUUUUUUGACAUUUGGAAUUCAUUUAUUUUCUUUCAUCGUAAUUUGCACAUAAAUAAAACUUAAACAUUUUAGAAAUGUUUAAGUUUUAUUUAUCCCUAUGAACGGAUGAGUUAGUGACGUUUGGACCCUUUGGGACUCUAGUGGUUCUGGUCCGGGGGUCUCGCUCAGACCUGGUCAUUGUCUGAAAGGGGGAGGGGCUUAACUCUGAUUGGUGAGCAGCAUCUUCUUCGACUUAUGAAUCCUCCUCCUUUUCAUCUUCCUCCUCCUCCUCAUGGUGUAAUAACUGAAAGAUUUUAACAAGUUUCCAGAAACCAAAAGUUUAAACCUGAAAGGUUUGUUGUGGCCUGUAGGGGGCAGAGUUGUUUAUAUUAAUAACAGCAGAACGUGGCCUGUAGGGGGCGUUGUUUAUAUUAAUAACGGUAACAACUUGACCAGUCAUUGUUGUUUUUAAAGUUUCUGAGUAAACAUAUUUUUAAUGAGUAAACUGCAUUAAUGGUCCAGAAGGGGGUGCUGAAGUAACUUAGUGCUUAAAAUGAAGCGUUUUUAUUCUUCCUGUACACGUCUGUUGGGUUUCUUCUGCUAAAGUAAACGCACUUCAUGCUUAUGAUUCUUUACUAUUUAUAUUCUAACUCUGUGAUUUCCUUCAGCUGAACCUCGUCCCUGUACCACGGCGAGGAUCCAGAUAUCUGUAAAUAAAAUAUAAAUACUGUAUA